AUGACGUUCGAUCACUUGACUGACCAAUACUGUAGAGGUGUACUGUUCAUUUCCACACCGUUGAAGGAUUUCCUACAGUCAACGAAGGUUAGGUCAGGGGAGGCGGUAUUCCCAGAAUCGUUCUGUGAGUUCUGUGACCUUGCAUCUUUGCCCUUGCAAGAAAUCGUUGCAAAGUUCACCGCUGUUGAACUUAUCAGUGGUGAUAUUUGCAAAGAACCUUGCACACAUCCAUUUCAUUGGACCACCGUAACCCCUCUUGUCAUUGCUAGGAAAACAAGUAUGCUAGCACUAGCAGUUCUCAUCAGUUUUUUCGCAACUGUCUAUGCAGUGCCUGCUCCAGCAAUUGGAACCGCUCGUGGUGGAUGGGUGGUCGAGAAUCCAGCAGACGAUAAGUUCCUGGGAAUGGCAUGGGAUGCGGCCGCCGGUGUCGUUAAUGAGUACCGAAAUGGACGGUUUAUGGUCCCGAAAAAAGUUUUAGAAGCAAAAACUAUGAAGACGAAUGGCGUUAAAACCGAUAUGGUGGUACUGUUUCAAGAAUCCUGGUGCAGUCCUCAAGAUGGCAACUCUUUAGCAGAUAUAUGUGAAUCAAUGUGUCCUCUCUAUCAGGGUGGAGCACAAACGAAGUACAGGAUCAAUGCCUAUCAAGAUAUGCGGGGAGAAAGCACUGUGUAUGCGACGAAAUUGGAAGAUGUGAAACAGCACAGGAAGCGAAGCAUAUAUCAUCACUAA